GUCUAAGUACUUCUUGAUAAUCAACGAGUAAUGAACUUCACCAAAGGCCGAAAUCAAUUCAACAUUGCUUUCAUGAACAACUGAAUGAUGAACAACAGCAGAGCAAUGGAUAACUUCAGUGAUGCUUUCAUUAAAAACUUCACAACAAUUGCCCUGGGUGUAAUCAUCAACUACAUCAAUGGAACCUUUGUGUAUAUUUUCUUCAAGAGUCAUAUCUUCUACAGUGACCCGAGGUAUAUUCUAUACAUUCACCUGGUGAUCAACGACAUGAUUAUGCUGUCUUUUGCAGUGAUGCUACAGGUUAUAACAUAUGCGCUUCCAUAUGGCCUGAAUAUGUUUGUUUGCUGUAUGAUGCUUGUAAUCACAAGCACAACCAACAGAAAUAGUCCAUUGAACUUAGCAGGCAUGGCCAUAGAGCGCUACAUUGCUGUCUGUAAGCCCCUGCAUCAUAUUCAGAUCUGUACAGUGCGUAGGACCUACAUCCUCAUCUGCCUCAUCUGGAGUGUGGCAGUCAUCCCUGCACUCAGUGACAUCAUCAUUGUGCUAGCUACUAAACCAUUCACAAUUUUUUCCAUAGGCGUUCUAUGUUAUAACAAUGCUGUUUAUGGUUCCCCAUAUCAUGAGGCUACAUCCACGGCGGUCCAUAUUGUUAACCUGUCAUUUGUAUUUCUGACAUUGUUCGUAACUUAUUUUAAGGUCCUUUUUGCUGCAAAAGCUGCCAUAACAGACCCAGCGUCGGCUCGAAAGGCUCGUAACACAAUAUUGUUACAUGGGGUUCAACUUCUGUUCUGCAUGCUGGGGUAUAUCACGCCCCUAACCAAUAUGAUUCUCUUGUCUCUCUUCCCAAAUAAGCGAACAACCAUUCUGUUCUCAAAUUUCCUUUUCACCAAUGUUUUGCCACGUCUCUUAAGCCCAGUGAUUUACGGUUUAAGAGAUCAGAAAUUUGCCAAGUAUAUGAGAGUUUACUAUUCAUGCAAACAAUAUGAUAUCCAAAUAAAGCCCACUGAAGUUCAAGUGAAUUAAAAAAAGCGGUAGGGUAAAUUGUAACCUGUUCAUAAUCGUAUAAUUUGCAUCAGAAUGGGCUGGAUGUGUCAACUGUGUAUUGUGUUGAUCUGCACAGGACCUGCAUUUUCAUCGCCCUCAUCUGGGGUCAUCACUGGACCCACUGAUAUCAUCACUGUGCUUG